CACAGCCUGGAAAAGAUGGCGGAUUCUGAAGAGAAGAAGUCGGUGUGCAGCUUCGUGUUCAAGAAGAGCGCCCGGAAAUUUGCCGGCCGGAAACGCAGAGAAGAGGACAGGGGUGAGCAGAGCAGUGAAGAUGAUGAAGGAGCUUCCGUGGUCAGAAGGAAAAGGAGAGAGGUCGUCAACCCCAUGGUGCAGAAGACAAAACUAAGCAACAAGGAGGCAGCCGAAUGCAAAGCGAGCAGCGGUGAGGAAGAGGACGUCUCCUCCAAAUCCAUAACCGUGUCCUAUAAAUCCACAAGAUCGGCGAAACCUGUAGGCCCCGACGACAUGGGCGCCACAGCCACGUAUGAGCUGGAUACAGAGAAGGACAAGGACGCCCAGGCAAUAUUCGAGAGGAGCCAGAAAGUACAAGAGGAGAUAAAAGGAAAAGAGGACGACAAGAUCUAUCGUGGAAUGCACAAUUACCAGAAGUUUGUAAAGCCUAAAGACACGUCAAUGGGAAACGCUUCUUCUGGUAUGGUGAGGAAAGGUCCAAUCAGAGCUCCUGAACAUCUUCGGGCUACCGUGCGGUGGGACUACCAGCCUGACAUCUGCAAAGAUUACAAAGAGACUGGAUUUUGUGGCUUCGGAGACAGCUGUAAGUUCCUGCAUGACCGUUCAGAUUACAAACAUGGCUGGCAGCUGGAGCGAGAACUGGAGGAGGGCCGAUACGGUGCUAAUGAUGAGGAGAACUAUGAAGUGAGCAGCGAUGAAGAGGACCUUCCCUUUAAAUGUUACAUAUGCAAAAAUGCCUUUAAGAACCCGAUUGUAACCAAGUGUAAGCACUAUUUCUGCGAGACCUGCGCCCUGCAACAUUAUCGCAAAUCCAAACGUUGCUACAUAUGCAACACACAGACAAACGGUGUCUUCAACCCUGCUAAAGAAUUGAUUGCAAAGAUAGAGAAGUACAAGGCUGAUCACGCCGAGAGUAACGCUCCUGAUGAAGAGGGGUAACGCCAGUUUUCUUCCUGAUUUUU